AUGCAAAAAUUAAGAACACGAAAAUCAAAAAAAAAAGUUAAUAAAAUUUCUAAAAUUUCUACUAUUACAAAAUACAAUAAAGAUAAUAAGUUAACUACUAGUAACAAAAGAACCCGAUGGUCAAACAGAAUUCGACAAGUCUCAAAUGACGUUGUAGACCCCCCAUUUCUCCCUGAUGAUGUAAUCAAUAUUAUAUUUGAAUAUUUACCAUUCAGUUCUAGAUUUAACUGUUUGGUGAAUAGGAGUUGGUGUCGCCUUAUGGUCCCUAUUCUUUGGAGAUCACCUUUUAAAUGGAUUUCCAAGCGUGGUUUGAAUGAUAGCAAAAAGUAUAUUUUUUUAAUUCGAACUUAUCUGUCAUGCCUAGAUCCAGCAAAUUUACGACAAGCUGGCAUUAAGUUACCAAGAAAUCCCAAACAGCCUUUAUUUAGAUAUUAUCAAUAUCUUAAAGAGUUUAAUUUUAAAGAUGUUCAAACUUGUAUUAAAAUAUGGUAUGAUAAUACUCAAAUUAUUGAUGCAGAUUUGAAAGAUUACUGGUUACGAUUUAGAAAUAAAGAUAUAAGAUCAACAGAAAUUUUUGAAAUUGGUAAUAAGGUAAUGUAUUUGAUGACGGAAAUCACACGGCUCUUAUUUAAUUCUACAUGCUUGAAGGAAUUUGCUUUUGGAGGCAAUCCUAAAUUUAGACUACCUUUUGAAAGCUUUCCGGAAUAUAGACUUGUUGCAGAGAAUGUGACUUCUUUAUCAUUGGACCCGAUUUUCACAGAAUUCUAUGAUAACUGGGAAGAACUUUUGAAUCCUUUCACCAAUAUUAAAAAGCUAUACUUACCAUUUUUUCAUCUCGAAAAAACCCGAUUCCGUGAUGACAUGAAUAUUAUUGUACGACAUUUAUCACCACGUACUUUAAUGGUUCUUACUUGGCUUGGACUCUCCAAUUUUCGCUUAUGUUUGGAAUCUUUAGCGGUCCUAUCUACUUGUCCAAAUUUAGAAACUUUAGUAUUUUGGAAUUGCACAAAAAAGAUUAAUGCACAAAAUCAAUUACAAAUUACACAAUUUCUUUCCGUUAAAAAUCUCUUCAUCUUUUACAGUAACCAUGAUUUCAAACCGAUUUUUCAGAUGACAGAAAAAACAUUAAAAGAGAUUGUUCUUGACAAUUCUUCCGAGAAUACAAAAGUAAUAUUGGAUGCGAUGAUUCAAUACUCUCCAAAUAUUACUAGAUUAGCAUUACAUGUUAAUAAAAUGGAUAUCUUAUCUGAAAAAUUUAAUAAAUGGAUGGAGCUAUCAAAAUUAGAAUCAUUGGUUUUGAAAUCAAAAGAUGCAAAAUUUAAAUCGUCUAUUCAAGUGUUUGUUACACAUUUUCCCGAAUCUCUUACUGAUCUAGACCUUGACAUUUCUAUUACAUCAACUUUAUUAAGAAAAAUUUUAAAUACUUGUAAUGUGAAUUUUAAAAAAAUUGGGGUUAAAUGA